AUGGAGGACGUACCAAAUAUUGACCAUAUUGAUGGUAAAUCAUUCAUUGAUUCGAUUAAAAACAAAUUUAAAAAGCUAGUGAAGAAUGAAAAAGUUUAUUCAAACAUUGAUAAGUUGAAAGAAGAUAUGGAAAUAUUAGCUGACAAAUCAGAAUUUGAUGAACUGUUAACUACAGAAAAAGCAUAUUUUGAAAAUGAAGAAUCUUUUAAUUCAAACCGCCGUAACGGACACGUCAUGUUGACUGGUUUCAAUACGAUGUAUUCAAGGAGUUAUAUGGCAACUGUGAAAUCGAUCCACGGCAUAAACAAUGAUGAUAACGUUUAUCAAUACGAAGUACAACUUAAUUCUAAUGGGCCGAUGCGUAUUGGAAUAUUGCAGUUGUCAUUUAUAUAUUUUUUUAGUAAUGGUCAAUCACUUGGUGUAAUAUCUGACGAGUUAUUAAAUGAAGGUAACUUGACGUAUUUUCCUACAUUAACUCUUUAUGAAGAAGAAAAUGUGGUUGUUAAUUUGGGUGGAAGACCAUUUAAAUUUCCAGUGUUAAAAUCCAAACCUAUAAUUGAUAGUCCAACAGCACUAAUUAACUAUUUCAGACGACUUGAGAAAAUUAUGAACUCCUUAAUCGAAAGCCAAAUCAGUCUAAAUAAAACUAAUGUGAGUUCUAUACUUUUAUAUUGGAAAUUGUUUUUAAAACGCUAGUGACUAAAUAUUUUCAGACGAAGAAUAGUUUGAAACACUACGAUAAAAUAAAAAUUAAUAAUGUCAUAAAAAAUAUAUUGUUUCGUCAAUUUGAACAUUUAUUGAAGAAUCAAUUUAUUAUAGAUAGCUGUUUUAUAUUAUUCUUAAGUAAUUUGAACAAGAAAAGUCCUCAAAAGCUAAUCAUUUUUUUUGAAU